ACGAACGAAGAGCACAAGUGGGGGGCACCCGCUAGUGUUUCUCGGCCAACAUCCACUCACGGCACCGCAAGGUAGAAUAGCUAAUUGCAGUUGUACCUGCGUCACCUAUGUGCCGCCACACCUGAGAAUUUGUUUCCGCGUUGGAUGCGCAUUCGUUCUCCAAAGCCGCCUUUUUACACACUUUCGUUUUCAUUUUUCUUAAGAAUACCUUUGCAUUUUUACUUCAAAUUGUAACGAUGCGACGAGGAUCCGUCAGCAGUUGGCAGUCCUAUGGACAGCGAAAUUCUGACUGCAUGAUGCAGACAUAUGAGGGCAAUACUGCGUUGCCUCCUCCUUGUGAGGAAAUUGUUCAUCAACGAAAGGGUGGCUGGUUUUUAACGUACAAAAAGAUUCUCUCUUUCGUUGUCCUGAUCGUGAUCGUUGUGAUUGUCGCCGGUAUAAUCGGAUGGAACCUUGGUACAAUACCCAAAACGAGAAUAUACGAUCCAUUAGCCCUUAUUGAGGAAGAAGUGGAAGAAGGAGGUGAUGUCAUGAUAGCCUCAGUAUCGCCUUUCGUUCAUCCUUUGAAAUAUAAUCUCGAAUUGAUGCUGUCGAAUGACAUCAAUGCCACAUCGAAGCUGAAAGGGCGAGUCGUUAUCGAAUUUCGCAUGGAUGAUACAACGCCAUUAAACCAAUUGUCUCUGAAUGCAAGAAAUAUCACGGCAACACGUCACAAGUUAUCACUCAUAGAAGAGAAUGGUGCGCGUGCGAAAAGGAGACGUAGGAGACGCGCUGAAGAUACAGGCGGCCAAGAGAACGCUGACAAUGCCACUACUUUGGCUCCUACUGUGAUAUCAUCUUCGCAAUUGGAAAAUCAGGAAACAACGCGCGUCGUUGUGACGGAGUAUCCCUCAGGAAAUGCAACCGUUUCGGGCAACGAAACUUCUUUGACAAACGAAAGUUUGUCAGUGCCUGAUGAGAAAAUCGCGAAGUCUACAAACGCGACGACUGGAUCAAUGACGCCUACUAUGAUAACUUCCGGUAAUGAAAGCAUAAUUGAUGUGAAGAUUCAGCGAUACGAAGUGGAUGCUAAUAACGGAUUACAUGUGAUAUAUCCGGCUGUCGCCAUGAGUCCAGGAAUAUACAGUUUGGAGAUCGACUACGAGAUUCAAUUUGAUGGUAAAGCGAUAUAUUCGACGAGCUACAGCGAGUCCAGUGAAGGAAAUAGAUCGUUUAUCGGGACGCGGUUAAAACCUGUACGAGCUUCGCAUCUUUUACCUAUCUUCGAUGACGUGAACCUCAAGGCUGUCUUUUCGGUGUCCGUGAUACGUCCACGCGAAGCGAGAGUUCUGUCAAACAUGCCUCUCAAUAUUUCCAAAGACACAUCGGAUGAUCGAGUGAUCGACACCUUCAGCGAUACCCCGUUGCUCUCGCCUUACAAUCUGGCUUUCGUAAUGGGCGAAGUCGAGUCGGUGGGCGAGACGAAAAUGGGACUUGAUAAUGCGACAGGGGUGACUUUCUGGGGCGAUCCGAAGAGACGAUCACGGGGAAUUUAUCUUCUCGACAAACUCGACCAAAUUGUUGUACAUUUCAACGACAUGUUCUCGAUGCCUUAUCCGCUACCGAAAUUGGAUAUCGUCGCAUUACCGUCGCGAAUCGUCGAUAACGCCGGAAGCCCAGGAUUGAUAUCAUUGAAGCAAUCGCUCUUCUACGCCGCAGAUCGAUCUCCCAUGGUCACGAAGACAGACGCGUUAAGCGCUCUGAUAAGCCUGAUAGGAGAACAAUGGCUGGGCGGCGUUGUGAACAUGAAGAACUGGACGGACGUUUGGCUACUUGAAGGCUCCACUUUCUAUUUGAGACACGAGAUGAUCGAGAAGAUAGAUUCGUCAUUGGGCUCCAAUCUUGCCUUCCUUGCCAAUGUGCAAUGGGAAGCCAUGGAAGAAGACAGUUACAGUGUUUCAAGGCUAUUGCAAUCGAACAUCAAUCCUGCUAAUUUGGAUUUUUCGGACCGCAAUGCUCGACAUAAGAAAGGUGCAUGCUUGAUUCGCAUGUUGCAUGGCGUGAUAAACGAUACCGCCUUUAGGAAUGGCUACCGGAAAUUUAUAGCAAGGUGGAACUAUUCGACUGCGAACGUUGACGAUUUCUGGGAAGCGAUGGCGGAAGAAGCUAUCGGUUUACCCAUGGGAAUUACGUUAGCCGAAGCGAUGAACUCUUGGAUUUCACAUCGUGGAUAUCCAAUUGUCAGCGUCAUGAGGAAAUAUAAGGAAGGCACCGCUAUUAUUCGGCAGCAAAGAUUUACAUAUGACCAAUCAUCCGACACUCAAUCGACGUGGUACGUACCGCUUGACUAUAUUAACAAAACGAGCAAUGAUUGGUCAUCUCCGACAAAGACGUGGUUGGAUUCUGAAACGGAAAUGGUGGUGCAUAACAUUGGCGCUCGAGAUUCCUGGAUUGUAUUCAAUGUGAAUAAAACAGGUUAUUAUCGUGUGCACUAUGAUGAGGAAAAUUGGAAGCUCUUGACACAGGCCCUCGAGGAAAAUCACGAAGUUCUUCCGGUAGAAACUAGAGCGUCGCUCAUUGACGAUGUGCUUGGACUCGCCGCGGUCGGCUUGACGAAAUACGCGACCGCUUUCGACUUUAUUAAAUAUAUGCAAAUCAAGGAAAGGCAUUAUGCUCCCUGGGGUGUUCUGAUGCGUCAUCUGUUGAAGUUGAACGGUCUCCUUUACGAAACAUCUGGCUUUAGCGCCUUUCAGGAAUUUACAUUAAGAUUUACAUCAAAAUUGUAUGCAGACGUGGGGUGGAAAGUCGAUGAGGGAUCGCGAUUAACUUUGACCGCUCUUACGAUAGCGUGUGCGUUUGAAAAUGCGGAAUGUCUUGACUGGGCCAGGAAUCAUUUUGCAAAACUGAAGGAUCAUUCCGAUGCAGAUGAAGUUGUACCGGCAUAUGCACGUGAAGUGUUGUAUUGUACGAUCGCACGAUACGGCACGCGAAACGAGUGGAAUUACUUCGUCGAGAGGGCAAAUUCCACUGCAGAUCGAGAUGAAAAGAAUCGCCUUCUAUCAGCGUUCGCAUGCUUCCAGACGCCAUGGAUCCUGCAAUUAAUACUUAGCGAGAUUCUUGAAGGGAAGAUGUACGACGAGGAUGAGACGCAAAGGAUCUUACAAAGUUUUCCGCAAAACCCGGUCGCUGCGCAAAUCGCCUACAAGUUCAUGCAAAAUAAUUGGCAGGUUAUCGUCACGAGAUUCUCUAAAUCUCGUCCGAUCUUAAAAGCUUUUGCAUUAGCAAUGACGAACGGCUUGAUCAGCGAGGAAGACUUUGAAGACUUUCAGACAUUCAGCGAGGAUAAUCUCGAAAGCAUAAAGAUCGUGGGAUAUACCAUGGCGAUGGUCGAGGCGCAUGCUAAAUUUGCGAUAAAGUGGUUAAAGGAAUCUUUACCGGAAGUGCAGGAGUGGCUAGCUGCGAACAAUUCUACGGAGAUAUCGGUGUGAAUACUUGUGAGAUCUGUCGGGUACAAUAGAACGAGGAAAACGUCCCGUAAUUAUCGAUUCGCUUUCGUAUUGCGGCAGUCAACACACUCGGCACUCGCACGCGAAAAUAACUGCGAGAACUUUUCUACGACAACAAGUUUUAUUUCUCCGUAUGCUUUCGUCAAGCAUGAUUACAAAACCAAGCAACAAGAAUCUCGUUCUUACAUCGUGUAGCCUUAGAACGAUGGUCGUUAGUAUAAUUACUUAGUAAGUACAUAUUUAACAAACGAUAUACAUAAUAAUCGUAUCUAACGGUGCGGUAAUUAUUAUUCCAAUGUUUACCGUAAACUCUCCGUUCUCGUUCAUGUUAAUGGCGCUCUAUUGCUAUACGGUACGCUCGUUUUAUAACACACUAUGUUAUCGUUUUACAAUAAUCUAUCUGUAUCGUCCUUACUCUUUUCGUCUUUAGUCUAACUCGUUAAAUGUGUGCGGUAUUCGCAAGCUAUCAAAUACGCAGUUCAAGGGUUGGAAGCGAUGAUUUAUCGUCGAUCGGACCGUUGGAGACCAAAACUGCCCGGUAUCGAAAUCGAAGUCUUAAAGACACUGCGAAGAUCUACUACGUUCUUCGCGUAUGUCGAAAUCCUCCGAAAGUCGAAACGAGUUAAAAUCGCGGAACUGCACAGCGCCGAUUUUUUAUACUUCGGCGACAUCCAACCCAUUUUUUACAAUGCAUUUAGCGCUAAAUGCGACUUUUCCUACGUUGUAUCUGCAUGAACGCGAUUUUACAAACACGCACGUUUAACGCUAAAUGCGUAUUUUUUCACUUCAUGUUAUUAUUGAGUAACAUAUCCUCACACUUGAAAAACUGUAAAAAUGACAUUAAAAAUUAGGGCCAUGGCACACAAAAAACUUAAGCAGUAAAACGUAAACAGUAAGGAAAUCAAUAUGUUGAAUUGGCUACUACUUAUGUUAUGGCCUUGCAGUCUCUAAUGUGAUUGGCCAAUUCGCUUACUAGUAAUGAUUUCCUACUUAAAUUUUUUGUGUGCCAUGACCAUUAAAACAGUCGCGUUUAAUGUUUAACUGAUGCACAGUUUUCGUUUUAUGUUUGCGUUAUGCGAGAAUCUCGUAAUGAACUCAGCGCAUUUGGCACUAAAUGCGCAUUCAUCUGUUUGCAAAUAAAGUUUCUCGAUAUACGAGAAUUAAUAAAAAAAAUGUUUUUAUUUUCCGGUCUCUCAUACGUGUGUGUGUUUGUGUG